CAGCUGUAAAACACUUGACGUCAGCUCUUCCUGUAGUUUCUGGAUGUCUUUAGGAGACAAAUAAAUCUGUAUUCAUUAAAGCGCCUGGCAUCUCGUUUACAGCAAUGGAUAACCAACAGAGAAAUCUUAUCUCCUCGUCUCCCUAAAGGACUUAUUAAUGAGGACCAAAAAGGACAAGGAUUUACUUCUGUGGUGACUGCAGACCUCUUCCCCUCCUCUAUCCCCAACACCUUCUAAUCAUGGAUGAUACAGCUCCACGAGACACUUCCCUCAUGAAGGGGGCCAGAGACAUUGCUAAGGUGGCCAAACGACAAGCCGUUAAAAAGGUCAGCAAAGUUGUGGACCGUGCCUCAGAUGAGUACUCCCACAGUCACGCAUACCAUCGCUUCCAGGACGAAGAUGACGACUACUACAGCCAACCAGAUGGGAACUACUCAGGCAAUCAUGCCAACGAUGAAGAGGGCUCCAGCGAUGCCACUGAGGGUCAUGAUGAUGAGGAUGAGAUAUAUGAAGGGGAGUACCAGGGGAUCCCCUCAGACGCUAAGCCCAGAAAAGGGCAGGUGGCUCUGGGGCAACCUCUGGGAGACGGACUGAAGGACCGGCGAGAACUGGAGAGUGAGAGGCAGGUAGAUGAGGAGGAACUGGCCCAGCAGUACGAGCUGAUCAUACAGGAGUGUGGACAUGGGAGGUUUCAGUGGCAGCUGUUUUUCACACUUGGGUUGGCACUCAUGUCUGACGGUGUGGAGGUGUUUGUGGUGGGCUUUGUUCUCCCUAGUGCAGAGACAGAUAUGUGUGUGCCUGAUUCAAGCUCUGGUUGGCUAGGCAGCAUUGUGUACCUGGGGAUGAUGGUAGGGGCCUUCUUCUGGGGGGGCAUGGCUGACAAGGUGGGCAGACGGCAGUGUCUGCUCAUAUGCAUGUCCAUGAAUGGCUUUUUCGCCUUCCUGUCAUCUUUUGUGCAGGGCUAUGGCUUCUUCUUAUUCUGUCGCAUGAUAGCUGGCUUCGGGAUUGGUGGAGCAGUGCCCAUCGUCUUCUCAUACUUUGCUGAGGUAUUGGCAAGAGAGAAGCGUGGAGAGCACCUGAGUUGGCUCUGCAUGUUUUGGAUGAUUGGAGAGAUCUAUGCCUCAGCCAUGGCCUGGGCCAUCAUACCUCACUAUGGCUGGAGUUUCAGUAUGGGUUCAGCUUAUCAGUUCCAUAGCUGGAGGGUGUUUGUGGUGGUGUGUGCUUUCCCAUGUGUCUGUGCUGUGGUGGCCUUAACAUUCAUGCCAGAAAGCCCCAGGUUCUACUUGGAGGUGGGAAAGCACGACGAGGCCUGGAUGAUCCUCAAGCACAUUCAUGACACAAACAUGCGAGCGCGUGGACAGCCUGAGAAAGUCUUCACCGUGAACAGAAUUAAGGUCCCAAAGCAGAUGGAUGAGUUUGUAGAGAUGCAGACGGAUGGCAACUUUUUCUCAAAAGUGAUCUUCAGGGUAAAGACUGAACUUCAUGGGAUUUGGUUGAACUUCUUGAAGUGUUUUAAUUAUCCAGUGAAAGACAGUACAGUGAAACUUGCGAUUGUGUGGCUUACACUAUCAUUUGGGUAUUAUGGUUUAUCUGUAUGGUUCCCUGAUGUCAUCAGACACCUUCAGGCCAAUAACUAUGCCUCCAAAGUACAAAGGCAUUCCAACGAACGGAUUGAAGACUUCACCUUUAAUUUCACCCUAGAGAACCAGAUACACACUAAUGGCUUAUUUGUCAAUGACAGGUUUAUUAAUAUGAAAUUCAAGUCAGUCGCUUUCAUAAAUACCACCUUUCAAAGUUGCUUUUUUGAUGAUGUGACCUCAGUAGGAUCAUUCUUUCGAAACUGCACAUUUAUUGAAGCUGUCUUCUAUAACACUGAUAUUGAUGACUCCAAACUUAUAAAUACGGACAUCGUAAACAGCACAUUUUACCACAACAAAACAGGCUGUCAAAUGACGUUUGUGGAUGAUUAUAGUGCUUACUGGGUCUACUUUGUCAAUUUUUUGGGAACACUGGCUGUGCUGCCUGGCAACAUCGUAUCUGCACUUCUCAUGGAUAAAAUUGGCCGCUUGUCUAUGUUAGGGUUUUCCAUGAUCCUAUCUGGUAUAAGCUGCUUCUUCCUGUGGUUUGGCACCAGUGAGUCUAUGAUGAUUGGGAUGCUGUGCCUAUACAAUGGGCUGAGUAUCUCUGCCUGGAACUCCCUGGACGUUGUGACAGUCGAGCUCUACCCUACAGACAGAAGAGGAACUGGAUUUGGCUUCUGUAAUGCAUUGUGCAAAUUAGCUGCAGUGAUGGGCAAUCUGAUUUUUGGCUCUUUAGUAGGCAUCACCAAAGCCAUCCCCAUUCUUCUGGCAUCAUCAGUGCUCGUUGGUGGUGGUUUAGUGGGACUGCGACUACCUGACACAAGAUUCAAUGUCCUCAUGUAACCCUUGUGCCAGAGGCUUCCAACUAACCAAAGUGGCUUAAUGCUGUCUCAGUCUCAGCAGAGCUAUGCAGUUUCCUGAAAACAUUAUUUAUAAAUGAGAUUGUGUUAUCAUUUACAGAAAUUACUGUUGCUGUACUGUAUUUAAUGUAAGUCUGUCUUCACCCGAAGACCUUUUCUUGUAUUUGUGUAUAUAUUGUAGUGUUAACAUGCUGUCUGAAUUUAUGUGUGUCUGCUUUUGUGAACAGUACAGUAUAUGUGUAUGAGUAAAAAAUGUAUGCUUGUCUGUGUACAUUUUGUACAUAGGGUUUCUGUGACUGACAUACAAGCUGAAUACUGUGUGUGUACAUUUUCGGGGACAGCAAUAGAUGCAGCUUUACUGUAUGUACACUGUUGAAACCGCUUACAAUACAUCUGUCAUUGCAGUAUUAUCCCUACCAAGAGCCAGCUACCUUAAGACACCAACAAAAUUGCAUGUACUAAACUUUUUGGGUCUGUGUGCUCAGCUCUGAGUUCUUGUGCUUCCCGUUGCAGAGGAACAAACUAAAAAAGUCAAAUAUACAAAAGAAUGUAGUACUGUUUUGUGUUUUACGGCAGAAAAGAAGCAGCUUUAAUAUUUUGUGAAGGUAAUAAAGAUGUUUAAAAGUG